AUGGAAGAAACCAACACUGUUCUGGCGAAAGCCUUCGUAGACCUUUCCAAUAUCUUCCCCGAGAUACACCUCUUCUGCCCCAAGAUUUCGGAACAAGAUGAGGAAGUUUACGAAGAUUCCAAUGCGGAUACCAAACUCAGUGCUGCACAGAAGGAGCAGAGAAUACAGGAUGGCACUCAGAGACUAGAUCUGAUGUAUUCCUGCUCUCUGAUCCUAGGUAUGGAGAAAGAUGCUGCAGGGCAAUUUGGUCAACAAUUCGCGACGAGGUGUAACGACUUUCUCCGAACUUGCCCGACCUGUGUGCGCAACUGGCACAAGGCCCGUCGGCCCUUCCUCAAGGACCUCACCCAAUGGUACAAUGAUGAGAUCGUCGCUGAAUUGGAAAAACGCCUGAACCAAUUCGAUUUCGACCGAAUCACCACGGGUCUCGAUGCAGCUCGGGACUUCAUCCUCAGGCACGAAGCUGUGGUUACUCAAAGCACUUUCGUUAAGGAAGGAAAUGCCGAGCUUCUCGUUGCCCUCUACGAGGCGAUCUGCUGCAUGCCGUACUUGAGCAUACCCGAAAACCGCAAACAUUUCAACUAUGUCUUCGAGAAGAUUCAGGAGCGGAAGAUCCUGAAGUUGGACCAGCUACUGCCGACGACCACGUUCUUUCUAUUUGACGAGGAUGUGACUCGCAAUCGCUUCGCCGUUCAUACAUUUGAACAAGGUCCUCUCGUCACCAAGGAAGACUUUGACUGGGCGGUCGACAAGAAUCUCGAGAAUGCAAUUCUGAAGGCGAAUGAUGUUAACGCCGACGUUAACUUUCUCCAGCGUUUCUGGCAAGGCUUUCUCUACAUUUUGGAUGCUCUGGACGAGAACCUCGUGGUAGAGUCUUUGCGGGGUAUGACCGUUCAGCCAAGCAUCUACGAUCUACUGCUUGCCCAGAUCCCACGGAUGACGUCGGCCCCCGUGUUGAAGUUACUUCUGAAGGCCUUUCGCGCCCUUCUCAAAAAGUCUUCCAAGGCAUUUUGGGAUUCGUAUAGCCAGUUUUCUCCUACAUCCGUCCUGGAACAGGUUAUCAGGAGCCCAGCCUUUCGCCCUUUACUGAGUCAAUCCGGCCCACAUGACAUAACCACCGAUGGCCCAGUGGCCAUCUCCUGGGUCAAGCCUUUCGUAGAGUCUAUCUCAACGAACCAAAAGACGGAUGUUUGCGAUAAGCUAGUCCAUCAUCUACUCGGUGAUUUUGCCGUAGAUCAGAACAUGUCCUCUGAGGGCAAGGUCGCGUGCCGGCGUGGGGUUGUAGAAGCCCUCUCGUCUUCGCUGGCAGGCUUCGUCUCCCCCAAGUACAAGAUCCACGCGGGGUCUUCCACGAUUCACACCAAUGCCUUAUUGAACCUAACCUUGAAGCACAAGGAUCUGAUCAUACAGCUUUCUCAGCUUGAGCCCGCGGACCAGCAAAGCACCGCGAUGUCGCAGGCCGGUUUGUCUGUAAUCCGGUAUGCCUUAGCUCUCGACUCCAAGAUUACGAGCGAGGAGUGCAAUGCAAUCCAUGCAAGCGACAAAAAUGUGCAGCGAGAGGUUCGACGGGACUCUGCGGGCAUUUGGGAAGCCUUCCUCGAGAUUCUCCAACCGGGCGCCUUCGAGCUUGCUAAGGCCAUGCUCGCUGCCUUUGUUCCGCUUAUCACCGUGGAAAUCUUUCGCCCACCGAAGAGACAAGCCUUGUCAUCAACCAAACGAGACUUCAAUACCGAUUUCCAGAAGACUACCGAGGUGAUAGGUCGUGUCGUUGAUCGUUUAGAGGAUUUCGAUUCUGCCACGCUAGGGCGACUAUGCCUCGACUCUACGACGAUCUACCCCAUCGUGGCGGCCUUGAUUCAUGGCGAAGACCCUGUCAACCAAGCGGGUACAUCCUUCAUCAAGGCUGUCACGGGGGAGGAGAGGCGAGCUGGAGCAGUGCUCAAGCUACUUGAGCGGUUCUUUGUCCCAGCACUAUCUGCUUACACCACCGCCGUCAACGAUAUCACCAAGAAGAAGUCACUCUGGUCACCGCAGUUUCACAUCCUUAAAUACUCUGGAGAAAUUCUCAGCAGUCUAUGCGAUCCUUCAUCUGGCAUAUUACGAUCUAGGAGUCUGACUUCUGCUGAGCAAGAAGUACUGGGUAGAUGGUGGUCCUCGCAGUGGGAGUUACUGGAUAACGCUUUCAACCAGACGGACGGAUGGAGUCGUAUGAUCGAAAUGGACACCAUGAAGGACUUCUGUAGGGACGCAAUGGAGCAUGCCGAUGCUCUAUUAGCCCAGGACGGGCUACUCGCCUCGGCACAGAGCUUCGGUUCUUCACAUGCCACCUCAGCCGGCGACUCGAAGCAGGCCAUGAGGGACAUUCUAGAGCAGCCACGGAAGAACUGUAUGGGACUGUGCAAGAUGCUCCGACUCAAGGAUAUCUACCUGGUCAGCGUCAUUGUCCGCGUUCUGGGCAAGCUCCUCAGGCGCCUUGUAGAGUAUGGCAUGGAAGUUCCGUCGCAGCCGUUGGCUUAUAUCAGGGGUACCUGCAUCAAGAACCAGCAGGGUAAAUAUGACACCCCCACCAACAUGAACGGACAACAACGUGCCGAGUUGGUCAGGGCUUUAGGUGAGGAGGAGGCAGGAGACGACGUCCAGAUCCUUUCCGUUAGGAAAGCUGAGGGUCUCAAGAAGCAGACGAGGAUCGACGCAUGGUCCAAGUCCGUUGACAACGAGCCUAGUGCAGUGCCCAAGGAAAAAAUACCGGUCAGGUCUAGCAAAGAUGAUAUCCGUGACUUGCUCAAGGCCUCCUCUUCCGAGGAGAACCGCUCUACGUUGGACCAGAUUAGGGCACGGCAGGCUACUAAGCCUCUGGCCAAGCCUCCCCCUAUAUCCACUAUACCGUCCAUACGCGAGAAGCGCGCAAAGGAGGCCGAAGAAAAGCGCAAGCGAGAUGCCGAGGCCAUCGCCAAGGCCAAAGCCCUCCGUGCUCCCAAGCAGAUUGUCAGUGGUGAGGGAUCAGGUCUUCAGGGCCUCUCCGGUGUUCAUGGCAAGGACCAUGCCCCCCAGAAAAGCGAAAUCAUGGUCAACUCAUCGUCGGAAGACGAGGACGAUUCUGAUGAUGCUGAGUUCCUAGCGAAGACUGCGGCUGGGCAGAGGCGCGGCGAAGAUGUGUCCAAACGCAUCCAGGCAAUGAAGUUGAACCCUCGAGGACCUGUGAAGAAGGUCAAAAUUCAGCGAUCUGCCAAGGAUAUGCGGGCGCGACUUGUUCCUCCUAUGGACAUCCUGCAUCAAGCCAUCCUCGAGUGGGACAUCUUUCACGACGGCAAUGACCCGCCGAACGGGAUCACGUGCUCCAAGGUGUCUGAUUCGUAUUCGGACCCUUCGGAAUACAAGCAGACCUUCUUGCCUCUGCUGAUCAACGAGGCAUGGCGAUCCUUUGUGACCGCCAAGAACGAAUCGACAUCGAAGCCCUUCGGAAUCAAGGUAGUAAAUCGAAUGAGCGUCGACAAGUUCAUCGAGGUCAGCACCGCGAUGCCUAAAGCGGAGAACAAGGAUAAGUUUCUCGCGGAAGGAGACAUAAUCCUUUUCUCGCAUGCAUCAAACCCUUUGAUGGGAGGAAGAGAUGAACUCCAUUGCCUUGCUCGCAUUUGGCGAACACAGUUCAAGAACGGCAGCUUGGAGAUACAGUACCGCUUGAGUAGCCGUGCUGGCCCUAUACUGCAAACACUUAUGCCACAGUCCGAGCUCUUUGCUAUCAAGAUCACGAACAUGACGACUAUUGAGCGUGAAUACGCUUCUCUCGAAAGUCUCCAGUAUUACGAUCUAGCACCUGAAGUCCUCGAAGCGAAGCCGUCGCCAAUGCUCAAGUUCAGUCCCGAAGCUGUUGAGAAGACUAUGCAGAAUUACCAUCUGAAUACCGGCCAGGCCAAGGCCAUCCUGAAUGCGAAAGAGAACGACGCGUUUACUUUGGUUCAAGGACCUCCGGGAACUGGCAAAACCAAGACAAUUGUCGCCAUGGUCGGCGCACUUCUGACAGGCAACAUGUCUGUUUCCGGCGGUACUGCAAUCAAACGACCAGAUGGUCUGGGAUCCAUCGGCAGCAAAGGGACAUCGAUCGGCAGCAAAGGGACAUCGAAGAAACUCCUGGUUUGCGCGCCAAGUAACGCGGCCGUUGACGAGCUAGUUCUGCGUCUCAAGGCGGGCGUCAAGUCCACAAACGGGUCGUUUCACAAGAUCAAUGUCCUACGCCUCGGGAGAAGCGAUGCGAUCAACGCAGCCGUGAAGGAUGUCACAUUGGAUGAGUUGGUAAAGGCCCGAGUCGAGGGCCAUGCUGCUCAGAACAAUGGACCGACCUCUCGAGAGUUGAUGCACAAGGAAGCUGGAGAGAUCAAGACAGGUCUUGCGGAACUACGCCCCCGACUUGAGGCGGCUAGAGCCACUGGGGAUCGCGCACAAAUCAACCAAUUGCAGCGCAAGUUCGAUGAGAUGAAGCGUCGCCAGGCACAGAUUGGUUCCAAAAUCGAUGCCGAUAAAGAUUCCGGAAACACCGCUGCGCGCGAGAAUGAGAUCCGUCGCCGACAGAUCCAGCAGGAAGUUCUAGACUCAGCCCAUGUCCUUUGCGCCACACUCAGUGGUAGUGCUCAUGAUAUGUUCAAGAACCUGGCUGUCGAGUUCGAGACUGUGAUCAUUGACGAAGCAGCGCAGUGUGUGGAGCUCAGUGCUCUGAUUCCACUCAAGUACGGGUGCUCCAAGUGCAUCCUCGUAGGUGACCCGAAGCAGCUACCGCCCACUGUGCUUUCGCAGUCUGCAGCGCGUUUCGGGUACGACCAGAGUCUGUUCGUCCGUAUGCAACGGAAUCACCCAGAAGACGUUCACCUACUCGAUACACAGUAUCGAAUGCAUCCAGAGAUCAGCCAAUUCCCAAGCCAGGAGUUCUAUGAACGACAACUCUUCGACGGCGACGAUAUGGGCAAACUUCGUCAACAACCAUGGCAUCAAUCUGCUCUCCUGGGCCCCUACCGCUUCUUUGACGUCAAGGGUUCUCAAGAGCGAGGGCGCUCAGGUCAGUCCCUCGUGAACCACGAGGAACUGAAAACUGCCAUGCAGUUAUAUGAGCGAUUCCGAACCGACUAUCCAAACGUCGACGCGAAAGGCAAGAUCGGAAUAAUCACGCCGUACAAGGCUCAACUGUUUGAGCUUCGUGAUCAGUUUUCCCGGAAGUACGGCGAUGGCAUCAAGGACAUCAUCGACUUCAAUACGACCGAUGCUUUCCAGGGUCGAGAGUGCGAGAUUAUCAUCUUUUCCUGUGUCCGUGCCAGUCCGACUGGUGGCAUUGGAUUCAUGAGGGAUAUCCGACGUAUGAACGUCGGUCUCACUCGUGCAAAGUCCUCACUGUGGAUCCUCGGCGACUCGCGAGCUCUGGUGCAGGGCGAGUUUUGGAACAAACUGAUCGAGAAUGCCAAGGUGAGGGAUCGUUACACCACAGGCGAUAUUAUGUCUAUGCUCCGCAGACCCGGAGCUAAAGCGGCCCCUCCUACUUUCAACAGCCCUGCGCCCUCAGCAGCUCCAAUCUCUCAGCUGCCGAGUCCCCGAGACACGGUCAUGGGAAACAGCGGUACGGUCAGCCGGUCAUCGAAUAACAACCUCCCAAAGCCCACCAGCGGCAAUGGAACCAAUGAUGUGACUAUGAGAGAUGCUCCUCCCUUCCGCGGUCCGGUUAACAGACCCAGACCUCCCAAGUUGUCACAAUUCGGUGGCCUCAACGAGCGUGGCGAGCCGGCAACAAUCUCAAGCCCGACAUCAGAUAGACCGAUCAUUCAUCAAUCGGGUCAAAAUCAAUCUGGUCAAAAGCGGGCAAGGGACGGUGCUGACGAUGGGAAAGCACCGAAACGGGAUGCCACCAAGCGCACCUCGAGCAAUGCAACGACCGCAGGAUCCAUCGGCAAUGUCUGUCUUGGGAAUUCCACAAACCCCUUCUUCGUCGUCUGCCAGCAGGCCGCCUCAACCGCCUGCAAACGCACCACGGGGCCCGUCAAAUGGCCAACGCCCACAAGCGCAACCCGUGAGGAAGAGGCCUUCUGCUGA